UUUCUAGCAGCCCCAAGGGGUAGGUGCUAAGUGUGCGUAUGUAUGUGUGUGCGCUAGUAUGUGUGUGAGUGUGUGUGUGGCAGCUAGUUGUGGGGCUUCACUGUAUGACGAGAAAGUCGCGCAAACGCCAAUCCACCCAGCGGUUCGUCAGUUGAAUGCGCGUCGUUGCUCCGUACGGUGGGGCGCAGUUAUAUAUAGAAUAUAUACGUAUUUAUAUAUAUAUAUUAUCAUCUAUAUAUAUAUAUAUAUAUGUGCGCUUACAGUUGGACAUGCACUGGCAGGCACGUGCAAGCGCUGCUCAAACUGUUUGCGUGAAGGAGUUAAAGGCCAGGACGAUUGCCAAAAAUAUUUCCAGCGAAAUCAAAGUUUCGUGCUGCUGUUGUUGUUGAUGGUGGAGCGCGUACAGUUAUCCGCUUGACUUGGUGCAGGGGCGGAAGCCCUAGUUGUGUUGCCCCCUUGUUCUUGUUGCUGUUGUCGCUGGAAAUCGUUAAAAAGCAUAGAAAAGUUGCGACUAUGUCACGAAUUGCCGUCGACUAAAAAAACAAAAACCCAAAUAAUAAAAAAAAAAAAAAACACUCCCGCUUGAACAGCAAAGAGAGAACCGUAGAGCAAGCCGCAGACCAGUUGGCACUCAGGAUACGCAUGGACAAAGGCACAAUGAAGCGCAAGCAGCGUCGAUACAGAACCACAUUCAAUACACUGCAGCUGCAGGAGCUGGAACGCGCCUUCCAGCGCACUCACUAUCCGGACGUAUUCUUUCGCGAGGAGCUGGCCGUGCGCAUCGAGCUGACGGAGGCACGCGUCCAGGUCUGGUUUCAGAAUCGUCGAGCCAAGUGGCGCAAGCAGGAGAAGAUGGGCGGCGAGUAUGAGAAGGGCGCCGGACUCGAGCUGGACGUGGCAUUCGAUGAUAGCGCCGUGCUGGGCCAACUGGACAGCGCACUGGCAGCUAGCGGUGGCACAUUGCUGCCGGAUACGCCGCCGCAGUCUUCCAAUUCGCUGGACAACGAGCUGAAGGCGCCCUUUGGCACCGGCUGUGUCUCGCCCUCCCGGCUGUCGCCCAACAUCUUUCUCAAUCUGAACAUUGAUCACUUGGGCCUGGAGCGUGGCGGCAGCGGCCUGUCCAUGGAGUGGUCCACCUACCCGCCGUCCAUAACUACCGCGCAUACCACACACCAGCAUCAGCAGGAGCAGGAGCAGGAGCAACAGCAGCAACAACAGCAGCAGCAACAACAAUUGCAGCAGCAGCAGCAGCAAUCGGAGCAGCAACAGGUCUGCACGUUGCAGCAUCAGGCGCUGGCAAGCGCCUUUGGCGCCUCUCUCGAUCUGGAUCUGAACGAUGGCUCCUCGGCCUACGAUGAGAUGAAGUUUCUCAGUGUGGAUCAGUUCACGAUCGACAGCUUCAAGGCGGACUGCAUACUCAGCAUGGAGCACAGCCUGGCGCUGGAUGACAAGCAGCAUCAUCAUCAGCAGCAGCAGGAGCAGGAGCAGCCGCCGCAUUCGCUGACCAAUUCGACAUCCUUCGAGUCGCAGGACAAUGCUGCACUGCACUCGCUCUGCCUGGACGGCAUGGGCGUUGGCUUCGGGGGCCUCUCGCUGCUCUCCUCCCACGUUGCAGACGUUGGGGCUGAAACGGCGCCCAAGUCGCCGCCAUCGCUGCUGGUGCUGGACAAGACGCUGCCCUCGCUGAGCAUCGGUGUGGACGGCAUCAGUGAGCUGGUGGAGCAGCUUCAGCAGCAUCAGCAACAGCAACAGCACCAGCACCAACACCAACACCAGCAUCAUCAUCAUCAUCAGCAUCAGCAUCAGGAUGUUGGUGUGGGCGGCAGCAAUAUAGUCUAAUCGCGAAAUUUGGAUUAAUUUAGGUGAAUUCAUUACACAUAGUUCAUGUUGUACGUGUCUAGCUAUAAUUUUUGGAUCCAAAUGCUCUUUUCAAUAUUUGAUAUACAUAUUAUUAUCAAGGUAUCUAUUAUGUUGUCCGAUGUCUGGUUGUGUAGAAUUCUGUUAUAAGUACUCCGUUUAUAGUGUUCGUUCGGUUAUUGCGACGAACAAUCGAUGUCUUAGCUGGUCCCCACAAAAAUAUAUAAAAGGACCUGCGCUUGGUUAUAGCGUCCUCCGGGAAUCGUUAUAACCGCAUUCUACUGUACUGUAUAUAUUGGGAUCUACAAUGCAGAUAGUUCUAGCACUAACAAGAUAAUCUACAUAUAUAUUUUAUAUAUCUGUGGUCUUCGAUCUAUACUUGUCAAGGAAUAUAGGCAUGAAGUGAUUGUAGAGUAUAUAUAAAGUAUUUAUCUUCUUCUUUAUAAAAUUUAAGUCUAACUAAUGUUUCGUUCUUUGGAUAUAGCUAGUCUUAUGCUAUUCAAAACUGAAUGCCUAAGUAGUAUUCUUUAUAAAUAUUGGAUAUCAUAUUUUAUAUGGUGUAGCUAUUAUUGAAAAGAUCAUUUAAUCUUCGGCUAAGGUCGAAGUCAAACUUAAUCUAAUUCCUAGGUCAUUUACCUAGGCGAAUUCUAAAUAUAGUUAAUGUUAUGCCAUUGUA